UAACUUGAACGCUUCAUACAUACCCCAACAUGGCCGCGAAAUGGUGGUAGUCUGUUGUUGUACCAGUUAGCACCAAGACAGCGAAAAUCAAAUUAAUUCGCUUUUUGAACCACUCUACGGUCACUUUAACGGUGACUAAAUCGCAGCUUUCGACGGCAGCGUUGCUUAUUAAUUGAAAAGGAUGAGUUAUACCACGAAGGUAGUCCAGGUGACUAAUGUGUCGCCGAGCACAACGUCGGAGCAGAUGAGAACGCUUUUUGGCUUCCUGGGAACCAUUGAAGAGCUCAAGUUAUUUCCACCAGAUGACUCUCCUAUGCCAGUGACAUCACGUGUGUGUUUUGUGAAGUUCCAGGAGCCCGAGUCUGUUGGCGUGUCUCAACAUUUGACCAACACUGUUUUUGUGGACCGAGCACUGAUUGUGGUCCCGUUUGCUGAAGGAUCCAUCCCGGACGAGGCCAAAGCGUUGUCUCUGCUGGCGCCGGCCAACGCCGUUGCGGGCAUCCUGCCAGGCGGAGGACUUCUGCCCACGCCCAACCCUAUGCCCAGUCCUGCUAUGGGAGCGAACCCGUUUGCCGGUCUUAACAUGGAUGCCAUGACAGCAUUUGGAUUCCCAGGACCCAACAUGAACCCUCAGGCUGCCGACCAGCUGCUGAAGCUCAUGGCCGAUCCUCAACUCAACCCGCUGGCUGCCGGUUUCAACCUGAGCGCCGGCCUUAAAGCCGACGCCGCCAACAAGGAAAUGGAGGAAGCCAUGAAGCGAGUGCGAGAGGCGCAGUCGCUUAUUUCGGCCGCCAUUGAACCCGGAAACGAGAGCCGGAAGAAGCGUUCUCGGUCCAGGUCCAGAAGGAGGCGCUCGCGAUCCAGGUCCAGACGCAGGCGAAGCGGUAGCAGGUCCAGACGGCGCUCAGUUUCCAGAAGCAGGCGACGCUCCAAAAGCCCUCGGAGGAGACGGAGCCGCUCCAGGGACAGAGGCAGGCGCUCCAGGAGCAGGUCCAGCAGAGAUCGUAAGAAGGAAGAGGCGCUGAGAAGGAGGUCCAAGACGCCGCCUAAGAGUUACAGCACCACUCGGAGGUCACGCAGCGUCAGCCGGAGGCGCAGACGCAGUCGCAGCGCCAGCCGCUCCCCUCCUAAGAAGUCACCCAAGAGGAGGAGCUCCAGAUCUCCAUCUCCUCGCAGACACAAGAAGGAGAAGAAGCGGGACAAGGAGCGAGAGCGCCGCAGCGACAAAGACCGAGGACGAGAGGAGAGGGAGAGGUCCACCAGCAAGAAGAAGAGAAGCCGGGACAAGGAAAAGGAGAGGGAGAGGGAGAGAGAGAGGGACAGGGAGAGAGAGAGGGACAGGGAUAGGAAGUCGGACGUAGGAGACAAGGGAGACAUCAAGAUUACGAGGGAUUAUGACGAAGAGGAGCAAGGCUACGACAGCGAGAAGGAGCGUCAGGAGAGGAAGGCGUCAGACUACUCUGAUUCGGACUACCCGCCCCAGUUCGCAGAUGGCAAUGGCGACUCGCGGCAGGCCAACGGUGACGAAGAUGAUGAUGAUGAUGAUGACGACGACAAUGCAGACGUCCAUGAGGAUGACAUGGAAGUCAGCGACUAAGCACACUGUCUUCCGCUCUGUCCCGCUUGAUCCGGCCGAAUGUGAAUCGUGAUUCAAAGAACAAAGAAAAAGAACAUUUCCCCCAUCGUGAUUUGAUUCUUUUUCCACCCAUCACAUUAGCUUGUUGAUGCUUGUCACAUUAAAACUGGAAGUCCAGGUUGGAAGUUGUUGCUUUUCUUCUCACAUUACGCUACAAUUCAUAUGCAUUGUUUUUGGUAGGCUCUCCCUUGUCCAUGUUAGCGUCUUGUUUGGAAAUGUUUUGUUUUAUCAAUGAUUUCUUUUAUAUAAAUAAAAAACCUUU